AUGGUGCUGGCUCCUCUGCCUUAUGAACUGCAAGAAGAAGCCUCCGAGUCUUUACAUCUUGUUCUCUGGAGUCUCUUUGACUUAUCUCUGACAACCAAGCCUGGGAGUGACCUUCUGAUUAAUCCUCCCACUUCUGAAGCAAAUGCACUCAAAGAAUGGUAUAAUGCAAAUAAAGAAGAAAUUGCAGAGUUGAUACAACAAAUGACAUACAAAGAUUCAUCUAAGCUGUUGCCACCUCCAAGUGCUAAUGACAUGAUUAGUGUAGCCAAUGCACUUAACACACUCAAAGAUGUGAAAACAGCUUGGAUAACAGGAAAAAUCAGUUUGAUCCCUGGGCAACAAAAAUUCUGGUUUGAAGCAUGUGAGAACUGCCAAAAGGCUAUCAAUGUUGACGUAGGAUGGGUUAUGAGAUGCUCAUCUUGCAAAGAAGAGAGUAAAGUUGUAGCAAGGACCCGAAUUGGGAUUACUGUGGAUGAUGGUACAGGCUCCAUAAACAUUGUUAUCUUUGACCUUGAUGCUGAAAAGCUUAUCCCAUUUACAGCUCUUCAAUUCUGGGAAGCUCAUAAUGAGAUUAUCAAGGCCAAGAAAGAAGGCAAGUAUAAUAUUGUCAAGGCAUACACUACUGAGGAAUCAGUUCACAUUCCAAUGGCAAUCACGACUGUAGAAACGAAUGAAAAAAUUCCAGACCUUCAUGCUACUGUCCUGCAGUCUGCUAAAAAAAAUGAAAUUUUCAGUCCAUCAACCAAAAAAUUGCUUGAUACCAUCGCUAAAUCUUCUGCUACUGCAAACAAAGUGCCACCCCCAGUGACCAUAGCAAAAAGGACCUUGGUUUUUGGAACUGUGCCUUUUGAAAUUGGUUUGAAUUCUGCUGAAGCUAAUACAUCUACCUCGCUGCCCACCAAUGCACCUGGAAGUCCCUUGAAGAAGUAG